CGUCCCGUCGGAACCAGAAACAUUCAUACACAUCUGUGCGGCCAAUGAAUCGUUGCGCGAGCACCGCAGCCGUGGCCGACGACCGCACCGUGGUUACGACGCCCGUUAUCGUGUUGCGCGUGGUCUCGUAGCGCGCGCCCGCGCGUGUCCAGAAACGUCUCAAAACCGCGGGUCUCCCGCGUACCAUGACUUCUCAGUUCUCGCAGCAACUCGCCAAAAAUAUUGGACAUCAGACCGCAUUAGCGCCGCCGCAGUCACUGUUAGCACAGCCGCCGCACACGUCUUCGUCGUCUUCGUCCAGUCCACCGCCGCUGCAGCUCUCGUCCGCCAACCACCGACGUCUAUCUUCCGUAUCGCCGCAACCGCAACAGCAGCAGCCACAACAACAGGCGUCGUCCAACAGUACAUCGUCGCCGUCGUCCGCCGGAGGCACAGCGCCGCCGCCGCCGCCGCCGCCGUCGUCCACGGCCCCGUCGUCCAUCGGCGGCAGUCCCACCGCAGCCGUAGCCACGGUCAGCACGUCCACCGCCGCCGCGGCCGCCGCGCCGCCCCGGUGCUGCGACACCGGCCGGCCCAUAUUCACCGACCCCAUCACCGGGCAGACCGUCUGUUCGUGCCAGUACGAUCUCCUUAGCUACCAGCGGCUGGCCGCGUCCGGCGUGCCCGCGCUGUCCAUGUACACCGCUCCGUAUCCCGAGGGCAUGGCCGCCUAUUUCCCGGCCCUCGGUUCCGACCAGCCGCCGUUCUACUCAGCCGCUGCAGCGGGACUUGAUCUCAAAGAGAACUUGGCAGCUGGAGCUACAUGGCCGUACCACUCGGUCUAUCACCCCUACGACGCGGCGUUCGGGUACCCUUUCAACGGGUACGGCAUGGACCUAAAUGGAGCCAGACGGAAAAACGCCACACGGGAGACCACCAGCACGCUGAAGGCUUGGCUCAACGAGCAUAAGAAGAACCCGUACCCGACCAAAGGCGAGAAAAUCAUGUUGGCAAUCAUCACCAAGAUGACGCUCACCCAGGUCAGCACGUGGUUCGCAAACGCCAGAAGGCGGUUGAAAAAGGAGAAUAAAAUGACUUGGGAGCCCAGGAACAGGGUCGAAGACGAGGACAACAACAACGAGGAUGACCGCAAGAGCCCCGACCCAAAAGAUCUCGAUUGUAAAGACUCGGGUACGGGUUCCAGCGAGGACGGCGACCGGCCGGGCGCUAACCACACGGGUAGCGAAUGGAGCGAGUCGCGGGCCGACAGCGGACCGGACUCGCCGGAGCUGUUCGAACGGCCGCCGCCGCCGCACUUCCUGCACCACCCGCCGCCGUACCACCACGGCCACUACCCGGGAGCGCCGCACCACCCGCCGCCGUCACACCUCAACCACCACCUGCACCAUCACCACCCGUCGGCGGCGGCCCCGGCGCACCACCGGUUCGCGUCCGUGUCGCCGCCGGUGACCGGCGGCAUCGGCGUAGGCGGUGGCCUGCUGCCGCCGCAGAGCAGCGCGCCGAAACCGCGCAUAUGGUCGCUGGCCGAUAUGGCCAGCAAGGACUCGACCAACACCGCGACCACGACCACGGCCGCGGGCGACACGUCUGGCGCCGCCAACAGUAGUCCGCCUCCGCCGCCGCCGCAGCAGCAGAGGUCGCCGCACCACCAGAGGCAUCAGACGUCGUCGCCGCCGCCACCGUCCUCGCUGCCGGCCGGAUACGCGAGACACGAACAGCUGUACCGAUCGUUCUACGAGGACCCGGCGGCCGCCGCGUACCACGCGCGCACGUUCGGCAGCGGCGGCGCCUCGAUAGUGUUCCAGCCGUCAGCCGCCCAUCAGCACCAUUUGCACCAGCAGCAGCAGCAGCAGCAGCAGCAAAUGCACGCGGUCGCCGCGGCCGCGGCCGAGCCGUCGCCCGUAUCGUCCACGUCCGACACCGAAUCCGUUGUGGCCGUCCAGCACGCCGAACGCGCUUAAAACUCUUAAGGCUCGACUGCGCCCGCGUACACACACACACGCGCGUAAAUCCAAAGAUGUAAUAGAAAAAUCAAACGUUGUUCGUGUACAUAGUAUAUAUCUAAUAUUAAAAAAAAAAAAUUAUUGUUGUACAUAUUAUAAUGCGUAGUGAUAUAUUAUUAUACGC